AUGAUCGUAAUCUCUACUAUCAAUUUCUGUCCAUGUCGUUGCAGCCACCAGUUUCUGUCUGAGGUGGCAUGGAACAAGGUGGAGGUGUCAGACGGAGGGGCCAUCCAGCUGGACCAAUCAGGGAGGAGAUGGACAACGCACAUUAAAGAUUUCAACACGUUUGUUAUCAACUCAGGCCACUGGUGGUCCAAGAGACAACUGUCCCGCUACAACAUCACUCUUGCAUCGCCGUACGAAUCCCUUCACUUUCUUGAAGCGUAUCGUCAUGCCCUCAACAGAACCCUCUCCGAGUUUCUACACCCAGAACUCACUAACAAGCAGGUCUUUGUCACGACCUCUGCCCCUUCUCACGACAUUCAAGGCAUAUGCCCCAAGAAGAAUGUUAUCACGAAGGGCGACAAUAAGCGACUGAACCAGACAGUGCGAGGCAGACGAGGGCAAGUCGGGGUCAGUAACUUCGUCUUCCCUUUCACCCCUUUCAACUCCUUCUCAUCUUCUCACCACACGGCACAGAGCGUGGCGUGGAUCUCCCUCAGGCCGUGCGAGGCGGACGAGGGCAAGACCGGGUCAGGCAAGCUGCGCAAGAACGUGAAGCUGUUCGCGCCGCUGCUGCGCCUGGCGACUCUGGAGGUGGAGGAGCGGGUGCUGGUGCUGGCGGGCAGUCAGGGCGAGUCAGAAAUGAUCCCGCUGGAUGGGUGCGACGUAAGGAGCUUCUCUGAGACCAGCGGGCCGGAGAAACGAUGGGCUCGCAAGUUCCCCAUUCGCAUAAGCCACCCGUCCCGCAUCCUCUUUCAAAACGCCAGGGAGUUUUUCAUCUACUUCCCCAACGGCCGCGUCAAGCAGGCCUGGUGCCGAGCCUUGCGCGCCGCAGCCUUCCCCGAAUCAGAGGACACCCUCUGGCAGGUUCGGGUUUCCCAAGCCUACGCCGUCUACCUCGGGAAGAUCCGAGCCUCGCGCCCGGACCUGUGGGUGAACAUGGAGGCUACGGAAUUGGAGGGCGUGGGGGAGGAUGCGCGGGGGGAGGGGGAGGGCGGGGGGAAGACUGGGCGGUGGGGGGAGGGGAGGAUGGGGCAGAGGAAGUGGUUGAGAAAAAUACGGACGAAGCAGGGCGGGGGAAUGGGGCCCAGGAGCGGCAGUGGAGGCUCGGACGGGUCGCUGCUCCGGCCUCCGAACCUGAAGGCUUUGUUCAGGAAGGAGCAGUCGUUUUUGCAGCAGCCGGUGCAUGGUCAGAGAGCGAUGCUGCUCCUGUCUGCUCCUCCGGUGGCUUCUUCCGGUCCCAUGCCAGCAGCAUUGCAGUCAGAGCAGCAUCAGCAGCAGCAGCAUCAGCAACAACAGCAGCAACAGCAACAGCAGCAGCAGCAGCAGCAGCAGCAGCAGCAGCAGCAGCAGCAGCAGCAGCAGCAGCAGCAGCAGCAGCAGCAGCACCAUCACCACAAUCAGCAGCACCAGCAGCAUCGGGACCUCCCCCCUCUGCCAGCUAUCCCCUCUGGCCGCUCACUACCGUAUUCCCAAUCCAUUGAGUCAGAUGCUGCCAAUACCACUGCCGCUGGUUCUGGCACCAGUUGGGUUGGUGGGGCGGGUAGCUUUGGAGGCAGUAGCAGCAUUGGUAGUAGCUGUGGCGAUGCUGCUGCUGCUGGUGGCACCGGUGCUGCUGGUGCUGCGGCUGCUGCUAGUGGUGCAGGAGGGGGAUGGGAGGAUGGUCCAGCAGGGGAGGAGAGUUCUCUCUGGGCCUUUAAGCGCAGCCACACUGACACUUCCGUGCGUCGGCCGAGAGUCUUCAACAGUGAAGGGAACACCACUGAACCCACCUCCACCGCUGCAUCCUCUGAAAUCAACUCGUGUGGGAUAAUUUACUCUGGGGCCGGAUCAUCGGUGAACAACCCAUCGGGAACUAACUUGUCCGGAUUUAACCUGCCCGGAUUUAACCUGUCUGGAGUCAACUUGCCCGGAUUCAACCUGCCUGGAGUCAAUUUGACUGGGGUCAACUUGAGUGGAGUCAACUUGACGGGAGUCAACUCGUCUGGAGUGAGGAAGAGGGGGCAUGGGGAGCGAUCACAGCUGGAAGGAGUGGCAGAUGGGUCUGUCGCUGUCCCACCAUUUGACAGUCCGUUCCCCUCUUCACCGUCAGAUUCUUCAACAGCAGCAGGAGCCGCAGGAGCAGCAGCAACAGCAGUGGCAGCAGAAAGAGAGGAGGGUCCAGAGGAGAGUGGGCCGGUGGCGUUCAGUGGGCCUGUGACUCAGGCAGAGGCUGCAGCAGCCGUUGCUGCCAUUGAAAUGACCCACAGGGCAACCAUGCACCAUGGCGCGUAUGGGCAGGUGGACGGGCAGGUGGGCGGGUUUAGUGGCAUUGGCAUUGCGUCAGGUCCUAAUGGUAUACCAUACCCUAGUGACCUCAGUGUUAUACUUUCUGGCGUGCCCACUUGCCCUCCCGCUGCUCCUCUUGGCAGCACUGUUGCUUCAGAUGACGCUGUUGCCACUGAUGCUACCUCUGCUGCUGCCGCUGCAGCUGCAGGUGCGGCUGCUGGUGCAGGUGGUACUGGUGGUGCAAGUGGUGCUGGUAAUCCUGGUGAGAGUGGUGGUGGUGGUGGUGGUGGUGGUGGGGGUGUGGGUGGAGGCAGCAGUGGGGAGCCAGAGGGGGCGGUGCAGUGGGCGAAUGCGCUGCUGUGCCGGCUCUACUUUGACCUUUCUCAGGAGGACGCGCUCAGCAAGAAGCUCCAGGCCAAGUUCUCGGAGAAGCUGUCGCUAGUCAUCACACCAUCCAUCAUGGGUCCCAUCUCCUGCACCAAGCUGUCGCUCGGCCCCAUCCCUCCUCUCAUCCGCUCCAUGCGCACAGUCAACCUCGCCAUGCCAGGGGGCGAUCUUGCCCUAGACGUGGAUUUGGAGUUUAAGGGAGCAGCCACCAUGACAAUAGAGACCAGCAUUGACAUGCGAGAAACGCAGUUCCUCAAAAUGUGGGAGGAACGGGACCUUUCCCGGGCAGAAAAAGAGUCUGAGAGGAGGGCGGAGUAUUCUGGGCAGGUGGAAAACACUCCGUUGGCUGCAGGCUCGGAACCGGCUUCUUCUGACGGGUCGGCGGGAGGUUCGGCAGGUGCAGGAGGAGGCUCGGAUGGAGCAGGUUCGGUCGGACCUGGAGCCGGACCUGAGCGGCUGGGCCGGCGAGGGUCGGGCUUGGGGGAGGCUCUGAUGAGUGACGAGACUGCUGCUGCUCUGGUGGGGGAUAUGGAGGUGGCUGAAGAUGUGACUAUAGAGGGCGCUGCUACAGCCCCAGCUACCCCUGCCAAGAGCACCACGCCAACCAAGGCAGGCAGGAAGAGGAAUAUCAUUCGAGGAGUGCGGGGCAUGGUCAGCAACAUGGCCAACAGCCUCUCCCAGGUCCCCCUCACUCUCUCCUUCAAUAUCACAUCUGUUAAAGGAACACUGCGCAUCCGGGUACCCGCCCCUCCUUCCGACUGUCUCUGGAUGUCGUUCGUUGAGAUGCCCGAGAUCGAGAUGCAAUCCAUGCCGUCCAUUGGCGAUCUCAAGCUCAAGCGCUACCCCAUGGCCAUGCUCCUGAUCGAAAAGCUCAAGGCACUGAUCAAGCGCUCUCUGGUGCAGCCCAGCUGUGUGGAUGCCAAGCUCCGCUUCAUGCUCUCAGACCCGCACGACUGGUUACCGCGUCAACCCUGCAUGUUACCCUGGCGCCCCCCUGUCGACGCUGCUGUCAACCCCCCUCCCUCCACCCUCCCCACUUCCUCCUCGUUCUUCACUCCCUCGUCGUCCCAAACCUCUCUCUCCGGGCUGGCCCAGGCCUCCGCCGGCUCGGACAGCCGAGGCUCGGAUGCCCGAGGCUAUACGGUGAAAGGCUCGGGAGGAGGUUUGGACAGGGAAGGGAGGGAUGGGGAAGGCUCGGGUGCAGGUAUUGGCGAUUCUGGUGGGAUUAGCACUACCAGUGGCGGUGGUGGUGUAGCUGGUGCUGCCGGUGGUGGUGCUGCUGGUGGGUCGGCUGGGAGUGCGAAGAUAGGUCGGGAUGGCACGAGAGGGUCUGUGAGGGGGCUGGUGGGCGGGAUAAUGACGAGAAGGCAAGGGGUAGUCACAAGCAGCCCUGCACUCGAUCUAGUCGCAAGGCGGACUGGCAGCAACCAGAGUCUUAGCUCUGGCGCCGUUGCUACUGCUGCUGCUGUUGGGCCACCUAAAUCGCCUAUCAGGGGUGCCGCUGGUGGUGCUGCUGGGUUGGGAGGCGAGUUUGGUAAAGCCAGAGAAGGCUACACUGCUGCCACUACCACUGCCUCUGCAGCCUUCCUGUCCUCUUCAGGCGAGUUCGGUAAAGCCAGUGCAGCCAGUGAAGGUUCGGAGGCAGGCUCGGCAGAGGUACCUGUUCAUCAACCUGCCUCGUCACCACCGGUGCUCCGUCUCCCAUCAUCCAGCUCUUCACCCAACAUUGCUGAGGCACAGCCACAGCUCCAACCAGCACCUGUCUCGUCCUCGUUAUUGUCCGAUCCGCUAUUUUUCGACAAGCAGCAGGGAAGCAACGAAAGCGCAGGUUCCCGCGCGGCUGCCAUUGCUGGUAUGAGUGGCGGUGGUGGCAGCACAGGUGGUGGGGGUGGUGUGGUGGGGCUGGGUGGGGGCUUGGGGGUGGGCUUGGGGGUGGGGCGAAUGAGAGCGAGCAUGGCUGGAGAGCUCUUUGAAGGGCUGAGACUAUCCAAAGCAUCAAGGAUGGCUGCACGGGAGAGAAGGAGGGCUGGAAGGGACCGCGGAGGAGGAGGACGGGGAGGAGGGGUUGGUGGUAGUGGGGAUGUGGAUGGGGAGGUAGGUUCAGCGGACGAGGGUUCGUCGCAGCAGCAGCCAGUACGAGGGUUUGAGGCGUUUAAGCAGAGUCUGGGGGUGCGUGGGAGCGAAUGGUUGGAUAGGGGGAGGGAGAAGGAUAAGGAUCGGGAGAGGUGGGCCAUGGCAGCGAUUGCGAGGGUGGCUGCAAUGAGGAAGAAAGCAAGGGGGAGCGCGAGGGGGAGCUGGGAUGGGUCGGAGUUUGGGGGUAUGGGGGAUGGGGAAGAUGCAGGGCUGGAUGGUUUGGACGGUUUGGAUGGGUUGGAUGCAGUGGACGGGCUUGAUCGUGAUGCCUCUGCUGCUGCUGCUGGUGGUUCUGGGGUACCAGGGUCGAUGAGGGAAGAUGCUAGCUUUGGGCUGUUCUCUGGGAGAUCUGCUCUGAUGAUGGUGGGAGGGGGAUUGGGAGGAGGAGCGGGAGGAGGGGUGGGGGGAUUCAGGGGUGUUGCUGGGGGGGCGGCGGGUGGAGGACUGGUUGGGGGACUGAGGAGAAUGGGAAGGAGCAAGAGUGGGAAGGGCAGGGAAGAGGAGGGCACAGGAACAAGCCAGGGAGUGGGUUCGAGGGAGGAACAGGAGGGGGUGGGGACGGAGGGGGAGGAAGGGGAGGAAGUGUCGGAAGGCUGGGCUGAUGCGAGAAGCUUCACGGUGCCGAUAGUGAGAGCGAAGAGCUGGGAAGUGGGGAAUCCGGAGGUGAUGCGGACCCAGCUGUCAUCUCGCAGUGUUCGAGGCGAGGCAGGGUUGGCAGUGUUGGAUGGGGAUGGUGUGGGAUCGACGGCUAGAAAUGAUUCGGAACGAACGGUUUCUUCUGGUACAAUCAUAACAGCUGAGCACACAGCAUCACCAGGUGUUACAGCCAGCACUGCAGGAAAUGCUACUUCUGGGGGUGUCAUCUCAGUAGUAGCGACCAGUGGGGUUAGACGAGGGAGUGGGGGAGCAGCAGAUGCGGCGGCGGCAGCUUUAGUGGUUCGGCAGCAAGAAGGCCCCGGGUCUGGUGGCGAGGGUGGGGAGAGUGGGGAGGAGAGAGAGGGCAAGUGGGGGGAUAGGAUGGCUAGGGCAAAGGAGUUUGUGGGGAGGAUAGGGAAUAGGGAGGCGAGGGAGAGGCUUGAGGAUAAGGCUAAGAAGGUGUUGGGAUUCUUGCACCGAGGGGAGAAAGCGGAACAGUGA